AUCAGAAAGUAGACAAUAGCAUCCAAAAAUUGAGUAAAACAAGCUUGUUAAACGUUUGAAACUAUCCAAAAUGGAUGAAGAAGUUUUUUUAGUCAUUUUCGUGGUUUUUGUAAUUUUAAUGUCAAUCUUGGUUGUGACUUUUAUGUGCUGUGGUCACAGUGAAACUCCAGAAAUGGAAGAACCAUUGAUAAUAACAGAACCAGGACCUUCAACAAGCCCAAAAAGAACACCAAACAGAGUGGCUGAAAUUAUAAAUCCAAGAAGACCGUCUAAUAACAGCACAGAUAGUUCAGGAAGUUUCAGUUUACCAAUAAUCAAUCCCUAUAUAAGAAUGCCAAUCAGUGCUGGUCUUAUAAAAUCACAAUUCACAGGUGCAAGAAGAACUCCAGUUAAUAAUUUUAGACCAAUAUCGCCAGUCCAGCCAACGGAAUUACCAAUAAGAUGCUUCAUCCCACUUCCAACUAAUUCCUACGCGCAAAGAACACCACCAAUAACUAUCGAGCAUCGCAGUCCACAUGAAUCACCGCCACCAAACUAUGAAGAUGCUAUGAGAAGAUAUUAUAGUGCACCAGAUUAAUAUUCAUUCCUUGAUUUAUUAAUACACAGCUAGUUGUGUAUAUUAUUGCUUAUGCCUGCUAUUUCUUCAUAUAGCAAUCAUUAGGCAAUUAUUAGAAUAUGUUUGUGUAAAGCAUGUUGAAGGC